AUGGAGCAGAGGUCUAAUGUGGUAAAGUCGAAGUCUUCGAACAGCGCUAUAGCAACCAAGUCGGAGCUGAGGGCGAGCACACGAAGCCACUUGCACUUCCACAGGAACAUCACAAAGAAGAGAGGAGUGUACGUGGAGCAUAAAGAUACUAUGACGAGGAUCGGUGGAUCUGAGGCAAACACAAGACAAGAAAAACCCGUUAAAGCUCCUCCACGACCACGGCCAGGUCAAAAAAAAUUCUUAACGUCAGUCCUAACUAUCCUUUCGAAGACAACAGAAUCCACCCAAUGCCCUGACGAUGGCUCAAACAGUGCCAUUCGUCAAACAAACAAUCCUAGACAAAUCACAAGAGGACGACCAGAAAAAAAGAAAAACGAAGUAGUCAACGACACGCAGAAAAAGAAGAAAUACAGAUCCAAAAUUCUAAGUAACAGUGUUGGUAAAGACGAGAAAGAUCAACAAAUAAUCGUACUACAAGAACAGAAAGAUAUCAAGCACACGUCUUCUAUUUUCUACGAAAACAAUUCUGCCAACUUUACUAAUCUAACUGCUUUUAUUAAAAAUACUCGUCACGCUGAUAAAGAACAAAAGAAACCAGAGAACAUUACUGAUACUGCACCAGUGAUAACCAAUACUGCACUGAGAAAAAAUUUGGAAGAGAAACAAAUGAAAAGAGAUAAAAGAGUCAGAAUUGAAGACCCAACUACUUUAGUAAGCGUUAUCAACGCAGGGACACAAGACACAACCACCAAAGAUAACGGUAAAGGAAUGUACAAUUUUUUCGUCGAUUUACUAGAAACGAUUGACGUGUACAAUGCAACAGAUAUAGAUAAAGAAGUUACGCUGUCCAGUAGUACGAGCUCUAGUAAAGUACCUUUGGAAAUUAACGAAUCUGUCGCUAAUAAACUUGUUGUGAAAUGUGAUUCUUCAAAUUGUGAAGGUAAAACGCGGAGCUCCAGUCGGGGAAGCCAGUUUUACUGCUUUAAAGACGAUGGAGAAUUGCGUAGAACUAAACAACUGAUUUCUGAAACACCCAAGAGAAAAGAAAAGUACCGAUAUAACAGAACAAUCAAAGCAGAGUCAUUUUCGGCCAACACAAAUCUGCAGCCCAAAAAGUUGAAAGCAAACAGUUUUAACAUAGACAAUAGGCAGUCCACAUCGAAAAAGAGAAAGAAGGACACUGUACUGAACAUGUUUAAAGAACAAUUAAAAAUGGACGUGAAAUCUUUCGAUGAGCCACAGAACUUGUAUGAGGCGUUGAAGAUCAUAGCUGAAACCAAACGCAAAUGCCAGAGGACUAUACACUUCGAAGAGGAAAUGAGGAGAAAACGCAGGGAUUCCGGUUUCCCCGAGUGUACGUUCAAAAGUCCUAAGGUCAUAAAAAAUUGUAGGAAAAAGAAGACGAAAAACAAUGUACUUGAACCCGUCCAAAAGCCGCUUGUAAAUAAAGAACACGGAAAGAAAAUGAGAAGGAAAGAAACCAUUACAGCUAGUUCUGCAGAAUCGCAAUACUCUUUGCAAGUUCUCGGAUAUGACUACAAAACGCCUGUAAAACAGACUAGCCAAAGACCCAAAGAAGUAGUAUUCACUUACCAUUCAACUCCAUCAAGCAGUGAUGUAGGUGAUUCUAUAGAAGAUCCCGAAUACACAGACGGUUUUUUCAAUACUUUCAAACGAGCUCCUUCAAUAAGCAGCCAUGAGUUUUAA